AUGUCGGAAGUAGCUGUUCCAUCGUUAACAACAAUUCCAGUAGAGCUCGUGUAUCGAAUUCUCGAUGAAAUGACUCCAAAAUGUAUCAUGCUAAGUUUAGGUGGUGUCUGCCAGAGACUGAAUGAUAUCACAGAUACAUAUGCACCAUAUCAGGAAUUCAAUCAUAUCUUCUUGAAAGCAGGAGGAAUGGAUCUUGAGGGGUUUGCACCAUUGGCUAAUGCUCUGAAAUUCAAUCAAACAGUAACGAAGUUUGAGUUCAUAGGUGAUCAUAUCGACAGAACAGGUGCUGAAAUGUUGGCUAACGCAUUGUGCAUCAAUCGAACAAUAUCUAUCAUUCACAUUAAAACUAACCGUUUCGACCCUGAAGGAGUGAGAGCAUUGGGUAAUUCGUUAAGGUUUAAUCAGGGUGUAACAACGGUCGAUCUCGAUACUUGUACAGCCGGUGCCGAGGGUGCUGAAGAAUUUUUUCGUGCAUUGACAAUCAAUAGAACAUUGAGGGAUCUCGAUUUGGAAGUGAAUUACCUAUGUGACGACGGUACACGACAAUUAGCAGAAGCAUUGAAAGUCAACAAAACGCUCAUAACACUGAGAAUCUGCCAUAAUUGGAUUGGUUCAGAAGGACUUCAAGCCAUAGCAGAAGCCUUGAAAGUCAACAGAACACUGAAGACUCUAUCAUUUCAUAAUGAAAGUGUUGUGAAGGAAGGUGCUAUUGCCUUAGCAGAAGCGCUGAAAGUCAAUGAUACACUGACAUCGAUCGAAAUUAGCUGGGGUGGAACUGACACACCAGGUAUCAAAGCACUAGCUGAAGCAUUGAAAUUUAACAGCGGAUUGAAAAACAUAGAUCUAGAAAAUAGUCACAUGGCUCCGGUAGGUAUUCAAGCUCUUGCCGAAGCAUUGAAGAUCAAUCGGGUACUGACAGACAUAUCUCUCGGAAGCAGUACAAUAUGUGCACUAGGUACUAAAGCGCUAGCCGAAGCAUUGAUGACGAAUCAGGGAUUGACAACAAUUGAUCUGGAAAACAACGAGAUUGAUCCUGAAGGUGCUCAAAGUUUUGCACAAGCAUUACAGAUCAAUCAAACACUGAAGAAAGUGAAACUGGGUUCAAACAAAAUCGGUGAUGAAGGUUCUAAAGCUUUGAAAGCUAUUACAAGAGAUGGUCUUGAACUCAGCUUCUAG